AUGAAGUCAUCAGCGAAAGAAUGGGUCGAAUGUUGCCCCAUCUGCCAAGCCAAUCGUCGCGCUCAUGCCCCUGUGAUCUCCCUGAAACCCCUAGAAGUCCCCCCUUUCCCAUUUCAUACAAUCUCCUAUGACUUCAUCACUGGUUUCCCCAAAUCACAAGGACACGAUGCAAUCCUGGUAGUUAUAGACUCAUUCUCCAAGUUUGGUCAUUUCAUUCCCACAUCAAAGAAGACCACCGCCAAGGGAUUAGCAGAUCUAUUUGUCGCUCACGUUUGGAAACUCCACGGACUACCAGUCAGGACCAUAUCAGAUCGAGGUACCACAUUCACAGGCAAAUUCUUGAGGGCCCUUUACCAACGAUUAGGGAUCAACCCAUCCUUCUCAUCGGCUUACCACCCAGAGUCAGACGGACAGACAGAAAGAGUAAACCAGUUUAUAGAAUUCUACCUCCGAUCCUACGUCUCUGCGGACCACUCAGAUUGGGCCACGUGGCUACCUCUAGCGGAAUACGCAUACAACAACGCAAAGCAUGCCGCAACAGGAAAGUCCCCCUUUGAGUUGGUUUAUGGGAGAAGUCCAGUAAUGAACCCAUCCAACGUGCCAGCUAACGUACCAGAGGCAGACGAAGUAGCAGACACCCUGGCCAGGGAAUGGAAGGAAGCCGAAGCGGCCUUAAGGAUGAGCAAGGAAAGGAUGGCUAGAGAGAAAGGAACAACUCCCAAAUACUCAAUUGGCGAAAAAGUCUGGUUGGAUGGAAAAAACAUAGAGCUCAGAACCAACUCCAACAAACUAGAUCCAAAACGCCUAGGUCCUUUUGAAGUAACAGAGAAGGUUUCUAGCCACGCCUACCGCCUGAAACUACCAGAAUCUUUAAAAAUCCACAACGUAUUCUACGUGGGAUUACUAUCCAAAACCCAUGAAUCCCCGAGUCAACCGUUUCCUGAACAACCACCCCCUGAAACAAUAGAGGGAGAAGAGGAGUACGAGGACAUUGACUCUAAAAGGCAACGCGGAAAAUGGUUCUACCUGAUCAAAUGGAAAGGGUACGGACCAGAGGACAAUUCAUGGGAACCUGAAGAACUGCUGGAACACAGCCAGGAAGAGAUCAAGCGCUUCAACCAAGCUAGACUCAGAAAGGCUCGUGACGCCGCCAAGAGCCUUUAA